CCAGUAGGACAAACUAUCUCCAUUCGAAACUGACCCGAACGCGAUACCUCAGGAGCUGAAUGAGGAACGUUUUUUACCAGGAUGACGCCCUGAGGAAAUUUGGGAGCCAGACAUGGAAUAGGCGGAAGCAAGCCCCAAGACCCUAAGAUGAUCUCCUAGAAGAGAGCCACCUUGGACUGAAAGAGAAAUAGGCUUCAAUUUAUUUUUGAACACCAAUAUCCGGGGAGAAAAAGAAUGUUAAGAAAAAACAAAACGUUAAUUUUUAAAUACUUUCUUAAUCUCAUUAACGGAGCUUUCUUGGUUCUUGGACUUUUACUCAUGGGAUUUGGUACAUGGCUCUUACUAGAUAGAAAUAAUAUUUUCACAGCUUUGGAUGAAAAUAACCACUUGAUAGUAUAUAUUCUUCAAAUUUUGAUGGGAACUGGAUCUGCUAUUGUUCUUCUUUGUCUCUUGGGUUAUUUGGGAAUUCACAACGAAAUCAGAUGGCUCCUACUUCUGUACACAGCACUGUUAAUGUGGGCCGUUGGUGUUCAGGUUGUGCUUUCAACAUUCAUCUUCAUAAAGAAAAAGGAGGUUCACCAAGUAUUGCAUGAUAAAAUUGACUUAAUCAUUAUUGAGUAUGGAUCUAAAGAUAUGCCUGAAGAUAUACCCAAAUGGAUUAUUCUGAAUUCUCUACAGAAAACAUUGCAGUGUUGUGGCCAGUACAAUUACACAGAUUGGAUAAAGAAUAAAAAUAAAGAAACUCCAGAACAGGUGCCAUGUUCUUGCACAAAUUCUACAUUAAGAAAGUGGUUUUGUGAUGAGCCACUGAAUUCAACUUACCUAGAGGGUUGUGAAAAUAAGAUCAACACAUGGUAUAGUGGUAAUGCUUUAACAUUAAUCGGAAUUAACUUUGGACUUUUGGCUUCAGAGGUUUUGCAAAUCUUAUUAACUAUUUCAUUCUUCAGACACAUCAAGAAUAGAAUAUAUUCAGGAGUGUGAUCUUUGGAUUUUAAUUUGCCCAGAAGAAACCAGCUAAUUCUCAAAAUAAUCACAUCAUGUUCUUUUACUCCGUGCCCUGCACCCACCAAAACAGUUUCGAAUUAAGUUUAAGUUUAGGACUUAAGUUUAGGACUUAUUCAAGUCAUUAGUUACGUGUAACAUAGAAUUAUUGAAUAUUAUAAUAAAUGACUGUGAAAUUAUUAUUAAUUUUGUUUUUCAAAAUAUCAAAUUCUGCAGUUCAGAACUUUACCUUGAGUUUUCUGAAUUUAGAGGAUAUCAUCAUAUAUACUGAAUUCAAAAUGUGAUGAAGUAUCACCAUAUUUCAAGUUUCUUUUGUAGAAAAAAAUACUUACAUUACGUUCAGAAAACAUUAAUUAAGUAAGCAAUUAUGACACACACCUUACAUUUCCAAAUUUUAACAAAACAACACUGAUCUGUGGGAGAUUUAAAAGAAAGAUGGAAAACCAUGACACUGACCUCUGUGCUGAAUUAAUCAUUUAUUUCUGUCUGCUGUUUAAUGCUUCAAAGUGGAUAAUAAAAUUUUACAGACUUGGGUGUAUGUCAAUGGCAGUAAUAAAAUAUUAAAAUCACACUGAAUUUUGAA